AUGGCGACGAAGGUCCAAUUCACCGUUGGGAAGCUGGAUGCCGGAAUGGCAAUCCUCCUUACCCGCGACCCCAAGGAGUCGAUGCACCUCGUCGAAUUCCCUUCCGUACUCUUGCCAUCAGGUGUGAAAUCCGGUUCUAUCAUUGAUAUCUCAGUUGCGCAGAAUCCGACUGAGGAGGAUGCUGAGAACGAGGCUUUCAGCAACUUGCAGGAGGAUAUCCUCGCACAGUUCGGAACGGCAGAGCCCAAAACUCCUGAGCUGAGAUUACGAAACGCGACACAGACAAGUGUAGUACUGGAAUGGGACCCAGUCGAAAUCGCCACUGCCGAGUUGCGGUCAUUGGCACUUUACAAGAACAACGCACGAUUAGGCAACAUCCCAGAUCCGCUCCACAACACCUCAACCAAACUCUCCGGCCUCGCAAUCGACACCGCCUACAGCUUCCACCUCGUCCUUAAAACCUCCGCCGGAACCUACACCUCCCCAAAACUCAAUGUCAAAACCCACAAAAUGACCGACCUCACCGGUCUCCAAAUCUGCGUUUCCGACACACCACCCCUUACCGCGGAGGAGCAGACGGCACUCAUGGCUUCAUUGCAGGCGAUCGGAGCUAGGGAACCGCAGACAAAUGUGAAGAUUGAUACUACGCAUUUCAUUUGUAAGGAGCCUAGGGGACCGGAGUGGGAAAAGGCGAAUGAGAUGAAUAUUCCUAUCGUUGUGCCGGAGUGGGUUACGGCGUGUGAACGUGAAGGAAGACUCGUUGGUGUCAAAGCGUAUUAUCUCGGUGCAGAC